AUGUCGGAGUGUCCUAGUCGACCGAGUGCGACAACUUACAACGAACAAUAUCGCAGCGAAAUUCUUAACCCCUUGGAUGCUAUCUGCAAUGUAAAGAGAAAUGACGCGGUGUGCGUGAGUAACUUGAAAUCAGCGAAGCCAGUAGACCAAGCGUUGCUGCAAGAGAGACCAGAUGUCAAGAUCUUCUUACCCUUCAGGUUCCACUUCUACAAGCCUAAGGACCUGUUCAAGGAAAAUACUUACAGGAAUUACUUAGUGGCUCCCGGCGGCGACCACGUGCUAAGUCUGGUGGACGAGAUCUCGUACCGAGCUCCCCCUGCGCCCCCCCUCUCGCAGAUGCACGAGCUGUCCCCCGAUCUCUUCUGCAAUGGAGACAAUAGGCCUGCUAACUGCGCCGUCGACUGCCGAUGCACGCAUAUGAUCGAUGUACCAUUGAACUCGAUUGUGGAAAUCGUGUUGGUUGAUGAAGUGCAAUCGCCCAACUUGUCACAUCCAUUCCACCUUCACGGUACUCCGUACAACGUGAUCGGUAUCGGCCGGUCUCCAGACAAGAACAUUAAGAAGAUAAACUUGAAACAUGCCCUGGACUUGGACAGAAAGGGUCUGUUGCAUCGGCAGUACAACCUUCCACCCUUCAAGGAUACUCUAGCCGUGCCUAAUAACGGAUAUGUCGUUUUGAGGCUAAAGGCUGAUAAUCCAGGAUACUGGCUGUUCCACUGUCAUUUCAUCUAUCACAUAGUCAUAGGAAUGAACUUGAUUCUUCACAUCGGCACCCAGGGCGACCUGCCCCCCGUGCCUCCGAACUUCCCUCGAUGCGGCGACCAUCUCCCCACGAUCACUCCGCCGUUCUUCCCGAUACACUGACACUAUCGAGAAAUAAUCCUAAUCGAUAUUCGUAAUCGAUUUGUGAAACCAAACCGGAGUGAAAAGCAUCGCGUACUGCCAUAUUUUGUUCUGUUUUUGAAAUAUGAACAACGUGCGAAUGGGAUAAAAUUUAUUUGUUAAUGUUGUCUUGUAAAUAAUGUUAAAUAACCAUCAAAUGUAUCGCGUUAGAGACCAAAGUAUUUAAUCAAAUCAGUUAAAUAAUUUAUAGUUGUAAGAAUUUGACAAGCCGUGUGAUGCAAGAGCGACUAGGCUCGCUAGUAAAUCUAAUUCUUUUGAUAUAGUUAAAUGUUAUUGUUACUCGUUUUAUAAUUUUGUACAUAAAGUUAGAUAAGAAUAUGUUAAGCUUUAUAUUAGAGUUGAUGAAGGUAAAUGUAAUGUUAUUCCUAAAUAAAUUAAAACGUAAAGGGGUUAAGUGCAAAUAUGUAAUUACCAACUCGCGAUAUUUAGAAUGAUACUCAUAUAGAAGUGCCCUGACACGACUGCACAGUCUUUUAUCUGGUCUACUACCAUCCACUUCGUAAAAUUUGUUUUUUUUUUCAAUCAUGUGUCAGGGUUUGUUAGAUCCUUUUUUGUUAUAAAAGUAUAUUAAAUGAUUUUACCUCAAGUUUGUGUAACAUCUUGAUGAACUUGAGACCGUAAUUCGCGUUACGGUAUUGGAUGUAUCUCUGCCACAGUUGCAAUGUUGUCAUAAGUUUGUAUUGUCAUUCAUAGUGUUUUAGUUCAUAAACAAUCCAUGUUCACUCUUUGAGAUGGAUGCAAAGAGCUCGUGAUAUAAUCUUUCAGUUAAGAUAAAUUUCUAUGAAAAAGCCGCCUUAACUGAAAUAUUUUUAUUAUUUUUUACUUUAUUUUGUUUUACUC